AUGUUUAAUAAUAAUUUAAUUUUCAUUUUUUUAUUUUUAUUAUUAAUUAAUAUCCAAACAAUUAAUUUAAUUAAAAAUAAUAAUUCAACAAAUUUUUGGUCUCCACAUUUAAUUGAUCAAAUAAGUCCAUUUAGACUUAAAAAGAAGAAUAUAAUAAAUGAAAAUAAUUUAAUAAAUACUCAAUGGAAAGAAAAAAUUGAAAGGGCAAAGAAAAGGAAAAAAGAAUUGGCUAAAAAGCAAACAUUAUCUGUUGAUUGGCAAUUACCUACUCCAGAAACACCAAAAACUAUGGAUAAAAUUCAAUUAAUUGAUAUCCACGCCGAUAUAAACUUUUUGGCAAAUCAAAUAUCAAUACAUAAACGAACACCUAUUUAUUUACUUAAAGAUAAUCAAUGUCUUCAAGUUAAUUUUCGUAUUGAAGGAAAAAGAACCAGAUUAUUAUUAUAUACUUGCAAUAUGUAUGAAGGAGGUGAAUGUGUUUUAGACAAAUUUUUGGCAACAACUUCAACUAAAACUUUAAAAUCGUUUAAUAAUGAAGAAUUAAAUGAAUGUUUUAAAUUAAAACCUGUUGGAAGAAUUAAAUUAUCAGGUUUCCACCCCUGUGAUAAAGCUUGUGAAUCUAAUCAAAAUAUACAAAAUACAGAAUUAAUUAAAAUACAACCACAUUAUGAACAAAAUAAACAUUUAGAAGAUCCUUUAGAAGGUUAUGGAUAA